AUGAGGCAAACAGUCGUGAGCCAAUCAAGCACGACCCAAUCAAGCACAAGUCAGCCAGGCCUGAGUCAAUCAGGCAUGAGUCAACUGCAACCAGACCCGAGCCAAUCUAGCAUGAGUGAACCAGGUAUGAGGCAACCAUGCCCAAGCCAAUCCAGCACGAAUCAACAAGGCAUGAGGCAACCAGGCCCAAGCCAAUCAAUCAUGAGUCAGCCAGGCAUGAGGCAACCAUGCCCGAGCCAAUCCAGCACAAGUCAACCAGGCCCAAGCCAAUCAGGCACAAGCCAAACAUGCAUGAGCCAAACAGGCAGGAGACAAUCAAGCAUGAGGCAACCAAGUGUGAAUUCUUUCCGAGAAUUGGCUGCCUGUGAAAACAUGCUAGAUGCAAUGAAGUUAACAGAAAAGGAUGUACUCAGGGGUGGCUUUGGGGGCAAUCCCCUUUUCUACUGCUUGAUUGCAGAAGUACACAAUCAUCAAAAACCAUCAGGCAAAGUGACUGUUGGAUUUGCCAUGUACUACUUUACAUACGACCCCUGGAUUGGCAAGUUACUUUACCUAGAGGACCUCCAUGUCAUACAAGCUUACCGAGGUCUAGGUAUUGGAGCUGAAAUGCUGAAGAGGCUAAGUCACGCUUCUACUGACUACUACACUCAUCGAGGGGCUUUAGACCUUUCCUCCGAGGAGGGCAGGCAUCUGUUCAGGUUUAACAGAGAAGAACUCAUGGACAUGGCAGGGGAAGAGUGA